AUGUUCGUGGUUUCUCUAUCUAGAGCAGGCCAGACGGAUCGCCGAGUGACCAGUCUUUCUUCCUUUGCGCCCCACACCUCCAGGGUUUCCUUCAGCAGUCCGAUCUCCGAGCGAGCGAAGGACGGCACAGGCGGAAGCUCGAGCUCUCGCCGGAUUAUCACCUUCACCGAAGAGGAUUGCCGGGGAGUCAACCAGAUCAACGUCCAGGAAGCCAACCUCAAUCUAAGACUGUUUGGAUGGUCGCAGUCUAUGAACCUCUGGAUCCGCGCUAGGAUGGGCUCGAAGAGGCUCCUGUUCUGGACUCUCGCUUCCGACAACGAACUGCUCCGUUAUAUCGUCUGCACCUGGGCUCACGACUCUCAAGAGUUCUUCUUCGCUCUCCGCCGAAAUGACCGUCCUGCACCCAACACCAUCAGGGUCUGA